UUGAUAAAUUCAAGAACAAAAAAAACCCCAUCCACUUGCACAUCAAGCUGCUUGAAUUGGCACUUUUUCCGAGCUGUCCAGUCAAGAUGGUUAACCGUUCAGAUGUCCAUUACUUUGGAGCUGGCCCCGCACCCCUCCCCACCGCAGUCUUAGAGAAGGCCUCCCAGGUACUCCUCAACUACAAGGACAAAGGAAUUGGCCUCUGCGAAAUCUCCCAUAGAUCGCCUGAGGCUAACGAAAUCCUCGCCGACACCAAACAAGCCCUCUCGACACUCCUCGACAUUCCCGAUGACUACGACAUCCUCUUCCUCCAGAGCGGUGGAAGCGGCGAGUUCAGUGCCACGGUAUACAACCUGGUCUCUGUAUGGGUUGAGAAGAAGCGGGCAGAGAUUGCAAACGAGGUGGGAGACAACAAGGACGAGGUCUUGAAGCGCCUGCGCAAGGUGGUCGACGAGGAGUUGAAGCUCGACUAUCUCGUCACCGGCUCCUGGUCGAAGAAGGCCUCGGAGGAAGCUGCCCGUCUGGUCGGCUCCAAGCACGUCAAUGUCGCGCUGGAUGCUCGCAAGGCCAAUGACGGAAAGUUUGGCAAAAUCCCUCCCGAGAGCGAAUGGAAUCUCACUCCUCGAAAGAAUGGAGGGCCUGCCUUUGUGUACUUUUGCGACAACGAGACCGUGGACGGCGUCGAGUUCCCAGCCUUCCCCAAGAGCCUGGAGGGAGAGGAUGCCCCUCUCGUUUGCGCCGACAUGUCGUCCAACUUCAUUUCCCGCAAAGUGGACGUGCGAAAGUAUGCCAUCAUCUUUGGCGGCGCCCAGAAGAAUAUUGGCAAUACCGGCAUCGCAAUCGUCAUAAUUCGCAAGUCACUACUCCCACCGCAGUCUCAGCAUGCCUCGCCCGAGCUGUUGAGGGAGCUCAACCUCCCGGUGGGCCCCAUCGUCUUGGACUAUCCGACAAUCGCGAAGAACAACUCGCUCUACAACACCCUGCCCAUAUUCGACGUGUGGGUGGCUGGCCAGGUCAUGGCUGGCCUAGUGAAUACCUAUGGUAUCAAGAGGAUUGGCGGUCAGGAGGAGAUCUCUAAUGAGAAGGCUCGCCUCAUCUAUGGUGCCCUUGACAAGUAUCCGGACGUGUACCGGGUGGUUCCGGACAAGAGCGUCCGUAGCAGGAUGAACAUUUGCUUUAGGGUGCAUGGUGGUGAUGCUGACAAGGAGAAGGCUUUCCUUGCGGGAGCUGAGAAGAAGGGCCUAUUAGGCUUGAAGGGGCAUCGCAGCGUGGGUGGUAUACGGGCAAGUAAUUAUAAUGCGGUCUCCCUUGAGGGUGCAAAGCGGCUGGUUGCUUACCUGGAGGAGUAUGCCACAGCAUAAUGGCAUGAUAGGUGGCGGUCUGCAGUUCCUAGGAACAUGCGUUCACAAAUUCAAAAGCUUCUCGUCACAUCCGCUCAUUGUCCUACGCUAUGGCGCACCCUGCUUCUCUGAAGCCUCAUUCAACAUGAUACCCUCCGGCAUUGAGCCAGACGCUCUAGUCGACCUUAUUCGACCAAAUACACCUGUCUUAUCAGAUUUUCCAUCUCCCAUUUGCCCACAUGUGUGCAGACGACAAACUUGACGAGGUCCUUCGAAAAGGUCCGAAAUUGGUACAGCACUGAUCAACCGCUCGACCAAAGGCUGGAACGUCCGGGUUGAC